AUGAGUUUGACCGGUACAAUUAAACGAAGCCUUUCGAGCUUCACACAUAAUGCUGUUAAAAAUGGGGCAUUUAGGAGGCUGGCGGCAAAAAAGGCUCAACCAACAAGAAUAGUACGACCAUGGGAAUCCCCUGAAAAUAGUAAUACAGAAACUACUUUCAUUCAACCGCACCAUCCUAUUGCAACCAGAAUUUUGAAUGAACCCACAAUAAUUGUAGAACGUCAGCUGGAAAUGAUGAACGUUUUUCUUGGGUUCGAGCAAGCAAAUAAGUAUGCAAUAUUGGACGUUAUGGGGAAUAGGAUAGGCUAUAUGCAGGAAAGAGACUUCUCAUUUAUGAAGUCGAUAAUGAGGCAAGUAUACAGAUUACACAGACCAUUUACAGUUGAUGUUUUCGACAAUUGGGGAAAUGUGAUUUUGACCAUCAAAAGGCCGUUCUCCUGGAUCAAUUCCCACAUUAAAGCAUUUUUACCACCAGUAACCACAGUUGAGCAGAACUACUUGGAAUCCCCUGCUAAAUCGAGCGCUGUGUCGAGCAAAACAUUUGGUGGCUCCAGUGGUGUGCCAAUACCACAGGUGAUUGGUGAGUCAGCUUCCGAAGGCAUCCUUGUGGGUGAAUCUAUCCAAAACUGGCACCUGUGGAGACGUAGGUAUGAGCUGUUCCAAAGGGAGAAAGGCUCAGAUGGUUCAUUCUCAGAAUUUGGCCAAAUUGAUGCCCCAUUUUUGUCUUUUGAUUUUCCUGUGUCAGACGAGAAGGGAAAGAUCAUUGCAGGUGUUGAUAGAAAUUGGGUUGGUUUGGGCAGAGAAAUGUUUACUGAUACCGGUGUUUAUAUUGUCAGGUUUGACUCAAGUCAGAGCUUCGAUGGAGUUCAUCCGCCAGAAGUUAUUGGCGACUCUGUGCUAAACUUGGAUCAAAGAGCAGUCCUGUUGGCAAACGCCCUCUCGAUAGACUUUGAUUACUUUUCAAGACAUUCGGGUCAUGGCGGAGGACUGCUUUCUUUUGGCUCGUAUGAUGACUAG